AUGCGAGGCAUUGUUCAUCCGUCUAGAUCUGAGGGUCACAAGCUAGCAUGCCUCUCUCUGUAUCGUAACCUCCUUAGACAGGCUUUGCGUCUCCAUGACGAGACUACGUCGGACUACCUCAAAAGUCUUGUUCAGAAUCGCUUUCGACUUGACAGGCGGAUCAACUCGCCCAGUGCAAUCUGCCAUGCCUUAGAACAAGUUCGGGAAGUUCACAAGAUUGUGAAAGAUGCUGCCGACGGUUGUCUCGAAAAUCAGCUUCGGCUCGUCGACGCUCUAAGCAGAGUUGCCAUUCAUGCGCAGGAGCAAGACACUCUGCGGAGUCAUCAAGCGAACCUGCGAAGUCCCACGCGUACAAGCAAGCUAGCUAAGAUAGCACACCACGAAAAUCAUCGCAGCAAGGAAUGGGCUGCUAAGAUCCCGAAGUCGAUACCGAUUCUGCAACGCCCUGUGCCCAAGGAACAGCUUCCAAACCCAGAUCGACCUCGUCGCGUACCUGUCGUUAUGUCAAGUCAAGGGUUCCCGUUCCUGCGCUAUAAAUCUGGCUCUCAGUCACUAGAACUGGGCAGGAUAAUGAGGGACCAGUAUGAACGAGAUUUUAGACGAUGGACUACCGUUCAGAAUUUACAGCACGAGCUUGACCAUGCCCGGCUUGAAGAUUCGUGGGAUAAAGAUCUGGAGAAGCACGCUGGACACUACAAUAACGACGAUGUAAGGUGGACCGAGGCUAUCACUUUCGCUGAUGCAGAAUUACGGGGCGUGUUGAGGCAAGCAGCACGAAGGAGGGACGAUAUAGCUAUGCGCAUGUGGCACAUCAAAGAAGAGGAGACACAGCUCGCAGCGAAGGAGAAAGAAGAGAGAAGGGUUCAGCGGCGGUUAGAGAGAGAACAGCAAUCACGAAGCACAUUGGUGGCUGCAGGCAACGAGACCACAGCAGGCAUAGCUCGUAAAGGUCAAGCCAACCAUGAUAGUUCAGCUGGUUCAGAGCCAACAAUAGAUGCUGAUACAAAGUAA